AUGGUCGCAGAUACUACGUACUAUGAUGCGCUGGGAGUGCCUCCCACAGCAACGGAACUCGAGAUUAAGAAGGCAUAUCGCAAGCUUGCUAUCGUCACUCAUCCAGAUAAAAAUCCCGGUGAUGAAAGUGCACAUGCGAGAUUCCAGGCCAUCGGCGAAGCCUAUCAAGUUCUCAGCAACGAAGAGUUACGAAAGCGUUAUGAUAAGUUUGGCAAGGAAGAUGCGGUCCCAGGUGGCGGUUUUGAGGACCCCGCCGAGUUCUUCGGGAUGAUCUUUGGCGGUAACGCCUUCGUCGACCUUAUCGGUGAAAUCUCGCUCAUGAAGGACCUUACGGCUACAAUGGAUAUCACAAUGCAGGAAAUGGAGGAGGAAGAACUGGUCGCGUCCACCGAAGAGAAACUGAAUGUCCAGGGCGAGGAGACCAAGGCGGAGGCAUCGACCGAACCCGUUGCCGAGGCCAAGUCGGGACUUGAUACUGCCACAGACAAGACCGAAACCAAAACGCCCUCCCCCGAGGGCUCUGAGAAGCCCACCGCCAGCUCUGGUCAAAGCACGCCCCGUCGCUACAUGGGCCAGCAGGCCAUCAUGGACAAGUCGGAGGAAGAGGCACGAAUGGAGGCAGCUGGUCUGUCCGCUGAGGAGAAGGAGCUUCGCAAGAAAGAGAAGAAGAAGGGCGGUCUGUCCCGGGAGCAGCAAGAGCGUCUAGCGGCUUACGAGCUGGAACGGAAGAAAGCCCGUGAAGACCGAGUGAACACUUUGGCAACUAAACUCGUGGACAAGGUCAGCGUCUGGACCGAGACCGACAAGGGAGCCGAUGUCACUCGUGCUUUCGAGGAGAAGAUCCGUCUAGAGGUCGAGAACCUGAAAAUGGAGUCCUUUGGCCUUGACAUUCUGCAUGCCAUCGGUCAAACGUACGUUCAGAAAGCCAGUUCGUUCCUAAAGUCGCAGAAGUUUCUGGGUAUCUCCGGUUUCUUCUCUCGGUUGAAGGACAAGGGAACUAUCGCUAAGGAGACAUGGACCACCAUUUCCACUGCCAUCGACGCCCAGAUGACUAUGGAGGAAAUGGCCAAGCUGGAAGAGCGCGGAGGGGAGGAUUGGACCGAGGAGAAGAAGGCCGAGUACGAAAAGAAGGUGACCGGCAAGAUCCUGGCGGCCGCGUGGCGAGGCAGCAAGUACGAAAUCCAGAGCGUCUUGCGCGAUGUGUGUGAUCAAGUCCUCAGCGACAAACGCAUCAAACUGGACAAGCGUGUGGAGCGCGCCCAUGCCCUAAUCAUCGCCGAUGAUGAAGGCGACUACAUGGCUUUCGAGCAGCUCAUGGCCGAAGCGAUGACGAAGAAGGGCAAGGAUGAUAAGAAGAAGAAGAAAGAGAAAUCCAAGCACGAGCAUCACCACGAAGAGGAGACCGCUGCCUAA